AUGGCUUCUUCAAAAAAUACAAAUAAUGAUUAUAAAACAUUCUUGACUUCAUUGUAUGAUAAAAAUGGUAAUAACAUGAAUAAUAAAAAUAAUAAUAUUAAUAGUACAAAUAAUGGAAAUGUAAAUUAUCAACAACAUCAAUUGCAUUCACAACAUCAAAUAAAUAACACAAAACAUUCAAUUUAUGGGAAUUACAAUCAAGACCAAUCAUCUGGAAAUAUAACAAUCUUACAAAAUUCAAAUUCAAGUUUAAAAUCAAAACCAACACCUGAUUAUGAUAUAAAUCUUGCAAUACAAUAUCAAUCAGAUCCAAAUCAAGAAAUAACAAAUGCUUUUCAAAAUCACUACCAAGAACCAAAUAUAAAAACCGAAGCUUGCUCACAUGACCCACAUACUCAAUGUGAAGAUCAUCUGUGUUUAGUUUGUCGAUCAACUUCAUCAUUAAAUGAACCUACUAAUAGUUAUAAAAAAGAACCACAAAUAAAAAAUGAAACUUAUGAUAAUAACUUAGGUAGUUUAAACUUUCAAAACAAUGACAUGAGCAACAGCAAUAAUAUUGGAGUAGAUUUCAAUUACGGAUUAUCUUCAUCAUUUAAUCAAUAUUUAAUGAAUAAUUCAUCAAGAAAUGGGUUAAGUUUAAAUUCAGCAUCACCGCCGCUUAACAAUUCAUUACCUACAAAUUUUCAAAAUUCAUUUUCAUCAAAUAAUGCAACAACGUCUUCAAACAUCAAUGAUAAAGAUUUACCAAGUAACACUGACUUUAUAGCAAGUGGUGAAUCUGGGACCAACUCAUAUUUGAUAUCAAAUGAAGCAACAAAUUUGAAUUAUAAUCAACUAGAUAAUGAUGAUAUACCACUACAAUCAAAUGAAUUAAAUGAUAAUAAUAACCAAUUUCAAACAGAAUUGACUACAUCAAGUUUUUUGAUGAAGAACAACAAUCUAAAUCAAUUCAAGAACCAACUAAAACAAACAAUAUCAAACGAUAUUGGAUCAACUUAUUUAGACAACAAUAGUAAUGAAAAUACCAAUUUAAUUGCAAAUAAUCAAAAUAAUCAUCACUUUCAUAAUCACCAACAACAAAUUUCAUCAUCAACAGCAUUAUCAGCAUUAUCAAAUACCCCCUUAGCAUCACCGUUAUCAAUUGAUAAUAUCCACAAUAAAAAUUUAAUGGGAGGAAGAAACUCAGUUGAUUUACCAAAUAGUAAUCAUAAUAAUGUCACAUCAUUGUAUCAGAAUAGACCACUUUCUUCAAAUUCUCCAUCGUCUGUUUCAACAAUAUCUUCAACUCAACAAAUUCAACAGCAGCAGCAGCAGCAACAACAACAAAUGUUACUACAGCAACAACAAGCUGGCAUGUUCAACUCCAUGAAUAAAUCAAGUUUGAGGUCAGUUCAACAACCAAUAAAUUCAUCAUCUUCAUCAACUCCAGUUUCACCAAUGAAUAGCUCAUUGAAUAAUAAUCCAAAUGAAUUAAGAAGAAAUUUAUCAAUAUCCAAACCAAAUUCAACUUUAACCAACACAAAUAACAGUAGCUUAAAAAAUUCAUCAUCUUCAUCAUCUUCAUCUACAAAAUUCCCACCUAUCAGUAAUAUUAGUCAAACUCAAAAUAAUUUAUUACCUUAUGAAAACGAUAAUAAUUCAAUAAUUUCAAAUUUGGGUACCAACAAUAAUGAUAUUAAUACUUUGAAUAAUAAUUUAAAUAAUUCUGAAGUAUCAUUAGUAUCAAAUACUGAUACAUCAAAAAAAGUAAAUAAAAAUACAAAGCAUCGUACAAAUAGUACAAAUGGUAAUAGUCAAAUCACAACAAAAAUACAUCAACAUAUAACAACCACGGGAGGAAGAAGAGUUAAAUCCGCACAUAAUGUAAUUGAACAAAGAUACAGAAAUAAAAUAAAUGAUAAAUUCAAUGCAUUACAAGAAUCAGUGCCAACUUUAAGAAUAUUAUUAAUUAGAAAAUUAAAAGAGAAAAAAUUAAAACAAAGAUCAUUAUAUAUGCAACAACAUAAAAAUGACAAUUAUGAAGAAGAUUAUGAGAAUAAUUCAGACACUGAACAGCUCAAUAAUAAUAUCCCAGCUGGCAGUAACUCAAACGGUAUUCAAAUUGAUGGAUUAUUAAGUAUGAAUAAUUUAAAUGAAAAUGAGAUUAUUAAUUUAGAAGGCUUGGAGCCAGCAAGAAAAUUAAAUAAAGGAACCAUAUUAGCAAAAUCAAUUGAAUAUAUAAAAUUCUUAGAAAUCAAAAAUUUCAAUUUGAAAUAUGAAAAUCAGAACUUAAUAAACAAAGUAAAAAGUUUAGGUUUAAAUAUUGAAGAAAUAAAUAAUGAAUUCAAUAAUGGAUUAAAUUCAAUAGGUAUAAAUCAGAACGGGAAUGGAGUAAUGUUAAUGAAUGGAUUAAGAAAUAAUAAUCAUUUAGAUAUGGAUGACGAUGAUAUUGAUGAAGAUGACGAUGAUGACGAUUAG